CUGUCAGAACUGUGUGAACUGGUUACACAAAGAAAUGUAAAUAAUGGGAACACUAACAUCUUGGACAACGGCUGAAAAUUUAUUGAAAUCAAUCAGUCCUUGUGACAUUGUGGAGUUUAACCGUAUUACAUAUUCACACUUUGGUUUCUACAUCGGAGACGGCAUUUGUGUUCAUGUUCAAGCUCCCAGUAACACCUCACUGGGCAGUUCAUCAAGGUCGUCAUCCAGUAGCUCGAGAAGACGAUUGAAAGAAGGUUAUGGAACGAAGGUUGCUGAACCAUUAGUGAAAAUUGCUGGACAUGAUUUUGUUCGAGUGAAUAAUUCGGAAGUAACGGCAUUUCAAUUGGGAGUGAAUCGACGACCCGAGGAGGAAGCAAAGAAGCUUGCUGUCAGCGGUUUACCAGUAAAUAACAACGGAAAUGUUAUAAUCGGUCAAUCAAUAAAUGUUGAGUAUUUUUUGGUGAGCUCGAAUAAUUGCGAAGGAUGGUCGACUUAUUGGAGAUACAAUCAUCCCUCUGGAUGGUCCAUUCAGUCUACCAACGCUGUCUUUAAUAGCACUAUUGGAACUGUCGAACGAUUUACGGAAUCAAUUGCUUGCUGCGCUGAUUCAAUUUUGGCUGAUGAUAAUUCCCCCAUGUAUAAAAAACUAAGUGUCGGAGCUGCUGUGGUUCCCUAUAUGGGCGUUAAAUAUACAACGAAAUGUGUUAAAAAUGUAACAAAUUUUGCUACAGGAAGUCUCAUGAGAAUAUUUAAGCAAUGAGUUGAAAUUAAAUCAAAUUUUUGUGGUUUAUAAAGACGAUGUAACUGAAAAGCAUUGUGAAUCUCAUUACUACAUUCCAAAAUAAACAAAAAAAAAAAAGUUUUUA